AUGGAUCCUUUACGGUACGUAAGGUCUGACUUCGAGGCCUGGACGCCCUCCCCGAACGUUUACAACAAACCCCAGCCCGAGAAACCAGAAAAGAGUAAAACAACUCGCGCCAUUGGUAUGGCUCGUGCUGUCGAUGCGGGAAAGAGGUUACAGCGCAUCAUGGGAGUAUCCGAACCUGUCCCUUUCGUUACUCCACCUGCGAUGCCGAAAGACCUAGAGCAAGAGUUCAUUGCCGGAAUGGAAGAGUACGGCUUGGAUAAGAGGAUGCAGAAUAUGGGAUUGGAUGCACUUAGUCAGGCGGCGAGCAUGCAAGAGCGUAUGCCAGAGAUCAAGGAAGAGAACGAGACUCCGGUUAGGGCUGCAUGGACUCCUCCCCAGUCUGGUCAAGAGGAGGAAGUAUCUGGCAGUCCCCCUUUGUCGCUGUCUGAUGCGCAAAGCACGCCCAGCAAAGACCCUGGGAAGCCUACCGGUGACGUCACUGACGACCAGCAGUUGCCUGCUCUUGCUUCUUCUUCCGGAAUGUCAGAUGCUGAUUUCGAAGCAUUCAUAAAGGAGCCGAUGCUGAGUCUCCCCAACGCUGUUCAACAAGCAUUUGCCUCCUCGCCACCCCAAUGGACGUCUCAAGGUCCUGCAGUCAACACAACACCAUUAGAUGGGUCUCAGCCUGUGUACGCGUCGUACGAUACACCUUCGUUUGCCGCUUUCAGGAAGCAGAUGAGCGCGUUCGAAGAAUGUCAUGUGCCCGCGCAUUCUCAUGGUCCUCUUCAGAUGUGUAACGAUGGUAUUCUGACUAGUGAUUCAAAACUGAGACCCGACUCCGACAUCACAUCCGGAAGUACCUCCAGCUGUAGAAGUGCAUUUCGAACCAUUUCUAAACCGCUAUUUCCUUCUCCUCAUGUUGGGGUGCAAUCUUGGAGUGAGAAAAAAAUCGCUUCUCAGCAACCUGUGGCACCGGUUCAGCUUACUCCAGCAGCUACAUCCUCACCAGGCAACGCAUUCUUCGAGAACUUGUUCCGUCAGCCACCCACAACCAGCAUACCUCGUAUCGCUGUCCAAACCCCGUCACCAACAAAGCUUCCGUCGUCUAAGAAGCGCUUGGCCCCUCAAGCAACAGAUGGAUUGUUCGGCCCAGCCCUUAAAGGCAAUCGCCCAGAUAAUAAGAAACCCACUGGCCUACCAACCCUACCCGCAUCAUCUUUAGCUUUACAGGAACUUGAUUUCCCAGGCUACACACCCGCCCUGCUUACUAUCCUCUUAACCUGGUCGCACGCAAUGCAGUCCUUCUACCGGCGCCUUCCAGACCCAAAGACCUUCCCUAUCCAUACCGCCUUUCUCCAUCGCAUUACCCCACCAGUCUACAAUCACCUUAUCUCCGUCGCUUUCUAUGAUACUAGCGUCAUCCCACACAAGGAGAUUCGUUUCCUGGGCCUGGGCGACGCGGCCGAGAUUGGCUAUGCAGAGGUCGAUGUAUUCCACAGCAAGGAGGAAGUUGCUGCUUUCGAGGCGCAAGAGCAAGAAGCCUCAAAACUCCAGGCUAUGAAACGGAAAUUGAGGCUCGGAUUCGGGUACGGAGAGCCAAAAGGAAAGACAAGUGUGUACCAGGAUCAAAUGCAUCUUGCGAUGAAUGGAGAAGGACGAUGGGCGUAUAUUCUUAUAAAGGCACAUGCAACUCCGCAAGAGGAAGUUGCGCCACACGUCAUGCUCGCGUGGCACAUCUCCGCCGUUACUGGCACGUCGACUUGUCUUCAUACCGUCUUUCCCGAUAAGGAUGAGCCUAUUCUCAGCCAUCCACCUGCAUUGACGACGCCAACCAAGCAGUCGCCAAAGCGUUUCGCUUCGCUGCAGAACCUCAUGAUCCCGACUCAUGGCCAGAAACAUCUUCAUCGUGGGAUUCGCUCGGCAUCGAGCAGUUUGAAGCUGCCGCAGAUGGACGUGUCGAGUAUCCUGCCGCAGCAGGGUGCGCAGACGCUGAGGAGGACGGUUGUAAAAUUGGACAAGGCGGGGAAUAUACCGCUUAUUGAGGGGUAUCGGGUUGAUGUGAAAGAGUUUUGGGGGUGGUUGGAUGCGGUGGGCAGAGGAGAGGGAAAGAUCAUCGUUUGGAGGGAGUAG